AGUGAAGUAUGUAUUUUCUGUAUGUGGUUUAAAUACAGCUGAAUUCCUAGCAGGAGACAGGCUUGAUUCUCUGAAUGGGUUUAAAAAGCUGUGGGAGCAGGAUAGAAGCUCUGAUGGAAGUGAAAGGAAGCAAAACUGAGUCUGUGCUUCCGAAGGUCUCAGUUUCUGUGACCUGCUGCCCCUUUUGUUGAUUGCUUAAUAAUGCCAUAUUGAUCUUUGAGGAAAGAUGCUGUGAGGUUCCAUCUCUAAAUACUUGAGAAAGUGCACAGAUGUUUUGAAAACAAGAUUGUGUGAAUACCUCCACAGACUGAAACUGAAGUGUAGUUUUGUACCCUCAGGUACAAAAGUAUAACCAUUUUUUCUGUUAGAGCCACAGUUUCAUGUAGGAGCCACUGAAAUAAAUCGUAACUCUUUUGUUCCCCAUUUUUGCCUUCAACGUAAACCUUUCUUGCUUCACAAAUACAUGAAACUUCUGUGUGCCUGCAUACAUGUUUGUGACGUAAAGAAUGUCAUUUUUGACUAAGACAAUGUACUGCUACUGAAAACCUCUGCAACUUAUUUUCAUAUCUUAGGGCACCACAUGAAUUUUUAAAGGGUUAGUGCUAUCUUAAAAGAAAAUCCUCACAACCAUAUGAACUAGUGAUGCAUUCUGAAUGUGAUCAUGAGCUUGCAUUCAGAACUCAUCACUAUAGGGAGUCUCUUUAGCCUAGUCUGUCAAAAGAGACCCAGGAGAGAUCUAAUUUAUGGAUAUAUCCUUACUGCCACUUAUGGUUUUUCCCUUGACUGACGAAUGUCCCUGUCAGUGGUAGGUCUUGGGCUGGCCCAUUUGGAAGUUCCCAAGUGCAUAUAGGAGUCAGGAGAUCUGUCAGUCCCAGGGGAUUGAAUUUGCCCAUUUGCUGAAGUGCAGCUUCUCUUUCACUGCUGCUGAGUUAUUCCAUUUAUUAGAUCACACAGUUCUAUUACUGCAGUUUGAUAAUGCUGGGUUUGCUAGAAAAAUCUGGUUUCCUUUGUUUGGCAGAUAACUUGGCUUGCAGGUUCAUGAAGAUGACCAUUCUUUUCCUCACCUGAAAUUGUGUGCUAACUGUAAUUUUUCAAACUUAUCUGUGGGCUUCUGCUUGUUCUGCAGCAGGAUGGAGAAGUAGCCUUGUUUCCUACACUGCGAUGGGUGACCACUGCAGUUGUGUAUGUUCCUAGCUGCUAAAGUCACCAGGAUUUAGUGAUGGAGGCUUUGCUGGAAGGAAUGCAAAGAAAUGGGCAGGGGAGUGGUGGGUUCUUGACUUCCUGUGAGGCUGAGCUGCAAGAGCUGAUGAAGCAGAUUGACAUUAUGGUGGCUCACAAGAAAACUGAAUGGGAAGGACAGACACAGGCUUUGGAAGCUUGCCUGAGUGUUCGGGAGCAGGAACUUUCCUCUGCCAGGGUGGCUCUGCAGGAAAAGUAUAAGGAGGUUGACAUGUUGCGUCACCAGGUAGAAGACAUGGAAAAGGCCAAACUGGACAUGGCUAGAGAAUAUGAACAACAGCUGAAGAAAUUUCAGGAGGAGUUGUCUAGGCUGAGGAGGAGCUAUGAGAAGCUGCAGAAGAAACAGCUAAGAGAAGCUAGAGGAGAAGCUAGCAAGGGACAAGGGGAGGACCAUUUUGAAAUAAGCCGACUGACCAGGAAGCUGGAGGAGUUUCGGCAAAAAUCACUUGACUGGGAGAAACAGCGCUUGCUUUACCAGCAGCAGGUGGCAUCACUGGAAGCACAGAGGAAGGCUUUGGCUGAGCAGUCUGAGCUCAUUCAGACUCAGCUUGCCAAUCGGAAGCAGAUUCUGGAGUCUGUGGAGCUGGCCAGCCGAUCGGAAAUCCAGCAUUUAACCAGCAAGCUGGAGAGGGCAAAUGAUGCUAUCUGUGCCAAUGAGCUGGAGGUGGAGAGGCUGAAUAUGAGGGUGGAUGACCUGACCAAAAACAAUCGGAUGAUUCUGGAAGAUCAGCAACGAGUUCAAGAAGAGUUAAGGCAAUCCAAGAAAAUGUUGGAGGUGCUACAGGAUGAGAAGAUGGAACUUAGAGCCACCUUGCAGUCUCAAGAAGAUUUCAUUGACAGCUCCAAGCUGCACCAGGAACAGUUACAGAGUGAGCUGGCCAGGGCGACGGAAACUCUUUGCACAAAAGAACUCCUGAUCAGGGCCUUGGAAGAGCGUUUGCAAGAGAAACAAUUGUCUUCUCCGGGGCUAGAGCUGGAGCAUAUACUACUGCAGCUGGAUAUUGCCCAGGAGAAGGAGCAGCACUUGCAGUCAGAGGUGACUCAUCUUGAGAGCAGCCUGGUGUCUUCAAAUGCAAGGUGUGUACAGCUGAGCGAAGAGCUGGAUGAGAAUAUCAAAGAGCUGCAGUCAAUGGAAGAGCACCAUACUGAGUCAAAGGCAGAGAUUAAAAAGCUGAAAGAGCAGCUCUCUCAAGCUGAGCAGACUCACAGCAGUGAGCUAGAAGGGAUGAAAAGGGAAAUCUCCAGGCUGACACAAGAGUUACACCAGCGAGACAUCACAAUUGCGUCUGCAAGUGGCUCCACAUCAGACCUAGAACAACGGCUGAGAACAGAGAUUGAAAGAGCAGAGAGGAAAGCAGUGGAACACAGGGUAAUUCUGGUCCAGCUGGAAACCUUGAGGCUGGAAAACCGUCAUCUCUCAGAGAUGCUGAAAAAAGCAGAGUGCGGUAUACUAGAAGAAAAAGAUGUCAGAACACUCACUGAAGACUAUGCUGCUGAAAUAAAGAAGUUAAAAUCUGAGAACCAGCAGUUGCGGAAGGAUCUUGCAGAGGCCAGAGGGAAACUGGAGCUCCCUUGGCAGGUAUGCCAGGAUGAACCUGAGGGCACCCCUCAGCAGAUGCAAGGGGGAGAGUCUGAGGCCAAGGAUGUGCAGCACAGGACAACUCAGGAAGCACAGCACAAACAUAACGAACAAGCAGAGAGAGCACAUCGCCAGCCUGGUGGAUCUGUUCAGCAUCAUCAAGGGGAGCUCCAGAGGUGUGGGACUGAUGAAAUAAGAACUGUGACCCCUGAGAUGGGUGAACUUCCCACCCAGACCAGCAGGAAGAACUCCAUGGAGUCACAUUCUUUGGGCAUCUUGCCAGGAAUGGUUUCUUUGUUCCAUGUGCUGGAUGGGAACAAAGAUUUUGCAGAUGAAGCAUCUCAGCAGUCCAUCUCAAAUCAUCAGAGAGAAUCUGUGCCCCUGUACCCCCUGCCUACAGCUUCAGUUGGAUCGAUAGCUGCAAGAUACUUGGAAGAGGAAGAACUGAGAUCCCAGCACAUCUUGGAGUGCCUAAAUGCUCACGUUGAGGAGCUGAAAAAGGAGAGUGAAAAGAUAGUGAGACAAUUUGGACACCAGGAAUAAUGCUUCUUACUGAAUUUGAGUGCUUGUAUGCUUACAUAGUUCCAAACUGUGACUGGGAAGGUUACCUAUAAACUAGGUGCCAUUGGAGCUAGAGUGAGAGGCUGCAUCUCUCACUUUGAGCUGAAUCAGCAGGAUGGAUAUUGAGGAAAGGAAACUCCUUUCUAACGUUUCAUCUCAUGGACGAUACUACCCCACAAACGCUUUAGAUAGCUUGCUGUAGGUCAGAAAGGUGCAUCAGUUGUGUUUGUGCACUCAUAAAGACAUAGUGGUGUUUUUUUAGAAGCAAACUAUUUGCUAAUUUUAAUGUAAAGUAUUUUAAGUAUAUUUUAUACAUGUUAAAAGCAUUGAAAUAAAAGAGAAUUAAAACUCCA